AGUUCAAACAGAUUUUUGACAAUGACUCACACUCUUUCCUUCUUUUCUGCAUCUCUUAUCCCUCCUAAUAACCUUUCUUAACAUUCCAUCCAUACAACAAAGAGAAGAAACAACACUUUUCCAUCUCUUCUCUCUCUCUCUUUCCACCAAAUCUUGUCAAACUGUUAUGGAAACACAACAACACCCAAACACAACUCACUCAAUCCAACCUUCUUCUUCUUCACCAUCUUCCUCACCUGCUCAUGAAUUCUCCUUCACAAUUUCUCUCCACUCCAAUUCCUCCCAAACAAUCAACGACAAAUCCAAACCAUCACCACCUUCACUCGCACUUGAUCUAUCUCCCGCUGAUGACAUUUUCUUCCACGGCCAUUUACUUCCACUCCAUCUCCUCUCUCAUUUCCCUUCCUCACCUCGCCUUUCCACCAACUCAAACGACAGCUUCACUCUCCCUAUAACAGAAAAUGAAAAGUUCCGAAAAGACACCGGAAGCUGCAACACCAGCAACCGAGAGUUUCACAGCUCCAACAACAUCCUCAGAGAAAUCACCAAAGAAGAAAUCAAAUCCACUUCCACCAACACCAAAUCCAAUAGCUUCUCUUUGUUCGGAUUAACCAAAGGAAACAACAAAGGAGAAAAUAAUAAGAAUAAUAAUAAUAAGAAGAAAGUUAUUGGUUACGAUAUGAUUCAAGCAUUGAAAAAGUACUUCUUUAGAAAAAGAGAAAAGAAUCGAUUCCACGGCGAAGCUUAUUCGCGUUCGGGGAACUUAAUGAGGAAAAAUAAGCCAGAAGUUAGAGGAAGUAGAGGAGAAUAUUCAGCACCAGCUUCCAUGAGAACUUCUCCAACAAAUAGUGGACUAUUGCUAGCAAAAGGUGGUGCUGCUCUUUCUUCUUCAUCUUCUACAAAUGAUAGUACCAUGGAGGAGUUACAUGCUGCAAUUCAAGCUGCAAUUGCUCACUGUAAGAAUUCUAUUGCAAAAGAAGAUAAGAUCAAUUAAUUUUCUCUUAGUCAUAGACACAUCAUAUUCAUAGAUAAUAAUUAUUAUUAUUAUUAUUAUUAUUUUUUGUUUGUUUUGUAUUUACUGUCUAUAAUUUUUUGUUACUAGAUGUAUUGUAGUUACUGUUAUAAUUUUCAAAUUUUAUGUUUUUGUAAUGUUAAAUUUACAUCUGAAAUUUAAAAAUAAGGAAGAUUUUGUUA